AUGCUGCUAAUUGGCACGCAUCUAGCGUGGAACUAUGUGGUACUGAUACUGCUUUAUAGCAUCAAUUCAAGUUUUGCGCCACCAACUCAGCAUGUUUUAGAAAAAAGUGAAGUGGCACCCAGCAAACUUAACAUGAAACUGAAAGAUGCAUAUGAAGCUCUCGUAAGCUUCUUCAGGCCAGUGACAUGCCGUCACAAAGAUGAACAAACCUUAAUUCCUUGUCGUGUAGGAGAGGGCCUUAACACAACUGAAUGCUUGGAAAAUAAAUGUUGUCCUUCCAAAACCAGCCAUGAACUGAAAUGUUACAUGCCGUUUAAAGACAAUAUGCAACUGACAUUUCGACUGCUUGUCCUUGUGGCAGGAGGAUUUUUGAUUUUGGGGUGUCUACCAUUCUGUUUCUGUGCUUUUUUGCAGAGAAGUCAAUGUGUCAAUCCUUUACGAAAGGCAAACAAAAAAGUAGAGCAAAUUGUGUGGAAGAAAAGAGCACAUGGUGAAGACACUUAUGGCCUUUUACUGGAUUGA